GGUCGUGUGGUAUACGUCUAAAUAUGGAACCUGAACCUUUAGAGUUAUUACUACCUGAAGGAAGUAUUCCUGGAGUUAUCGAAGACUUUGAUUAUGAUUUAACUUCUGCCGAUUAUUAUUUCAACUCUUACGCACAUUUUGGUAUUCACGAAGAAAUGCUUAAAGAUGAAGUGAGAACGCGCACUUAUAUGAAAGCUAUUUUACAAAAUAAGCAUCUAUUCGAAGGAAAGGUAGUAUUGGAUGUUGGUUGUGGCACUGGGGUUCUUUCCAUGUUUGCUGCAAAAGCAGGUGCACGUCUUGUUAUAGGAGUUGAAUGUUCAGAAAUAGUUGAACAAGCAAAACUCAUCAUAAAAGCAAAUAACUUUGAAAAUCGUAUAGUUAUGAUUAAGGAUAAAAUGGAAGAUGCUAAGCUGCCUGUGGAGGAGGUGGAUAUUAUUAUUUCUGAAUGGAUGGGAUAUUUCUUAUUAUAUGAGUCAAUGUUGGAAACUGUUAUUUUUGCUCGGGAUAAAUAUUUAAAGAAAGGAGGACUUAUAUUCCCAGAUAGAGCAGUAUUGUAUUUAUCAGCCAUUGAGGACGCCGAAUAUCGAGCUGAGAAGAUAGAUUUUUGGGACAAUGUAUAUGGUUUUGAUAUGAGUUGCAUAAAACGUUUGGCAUUAACGGAACCACUUAUAGAUAAUGUUGGAGUUCAGCAGAUUGUUUGUCCAACUGUUCCUGUACUUUCCGUUGAUGUGACGAGUGUAAAAAAGGAAGAUCUUUCUUUUGCUGUUCCUUUUAUAUUGAAGGCUGAAAGAAAUGAUUUUAUUCAUGCCUUUGUUGCUCAUUUUGAUAUAUUCUUCAAUCACUGUCAUAAACCACUAGGCUUCUCCACUGGACCGCAAUCCAGGACAACACAUUGGAAGCAGGCUGUUUUCUAUUUGGAUAGAGAAUUGGUGAUUUGUACCGGAGAAACAAUUUACGGAACUUUGGCAAGUCGUCCUAAUCAAAAGAAUCCCCGAGACUUGGAUAUUGCCAUUUCUUAUCAUUUUUCUGGUUCGCAGUGUGAAGCCGAAAAGAUACUUCGUUAUCGUUUACAUUAGAGUGGCAAUAUUUGUUUUAGAAAAGUUAGCAGAAUUAGGUUGCUAAUAACGUUUCCAUAUGUACACUUUUGUUUUCAAUAUGAUUGCUUUGGAAAAACCUUCCCAAUUAA